AUGUCCACUGCCGCCUCCUCCUCCAGUUCUUCUCAGACCCCUCAUCCCCCGCCGCAGAGGAUGCGGCGCAGCGCCGCGGGCUCCCCGCCGGCCGCCGCCGGGAGCGGGAACGGUGCGGGCGGCGGCGGCGUGGGCUGCGCCCCGGCUGCAGGAGCCGGCCGGCUGCUGCAGCCCAUCCGCGCCACGGUGCCCUACCAGCUCCUGCGGGGCAGCCAGCACAGUCCCACACGCCCGCCCGCCGCUGCCGCCGCCGCUUCGCUGGGCAGCCUCACGGGGCCCGGCGCGGCCCGCGGCCCCAGCCCGCCCAGCCCGACGCCGCCGGCGGCCGCAGCCCCGGCCGAACAGGCGCCGCGGGCCAAGGGCCGCCCGAGACGGUCCCCUGAGAGCCACCGGAGGAGCAGCUCACCUGAGAGACGGAGCCCCGGCUCGCCCGUGUGCAGAGUGGACAGGCCAAAAUCUCAGCAAAUUCGAACCUGUAGUACGAUAAGGCGAACCUCCUCUUUGGAUACGAUAACAGGACCUUACCUCACAGGACAGUGGCCACGGGAUCCUCAUGUUCACUAUCCUUCAUGCAUGAAAGAUAAAGCUACUCAGACACCUAGCUGUUGGGCAGAAGAGGGAGCAGAAAAGAGGUCACACCAACGUUCUGCAUCAUGGGGGAGUGCUGAUCAACUAAAAGAGCAGAUUGCCAAACUGAGGCAGCAACUACAACGCAGUAAACAGAGUAGUCGUCACAGUAAGGAGAAAGAUCGGCAGUCACCUCUCCAUGGCAACCAUAUAACAAUCAGUCACACUCAGGCUACUGGAUCAAGAUCAGUCCCUAUGCCACUGUCAAAUAUAUCGGUGCCAAAAUCAUCUGUUUCACGUGUUCCCUGCAAUGUAGAAGGAAUAAGUCCUGAAUUAGAAAAGGUAUUCAUUAAGGAAAAUAAUGGGAAGGAGGAAGUAUCCAAGCCUUUGGACAUACCAGAUGGUCGACGAGCACCACUCCCUGCUCACUACCGGAGCAGUAGUACUCGCAGCAUUGACACUCAGACUCCUUCUGUCCAGGAGCGCAGCAGUAGCUGCAGCAGUCAUUCACCUUGCAUCUCUCCCUUUUGUGCCCCGGAAUCCCAGGAUGGUAGUCCUUGCUCAACAGAAGAUUUGCUCUAUGAUCGUGAUAAAGACAGUGGGAGUAGCUCACCGUUACCCAAGUAUGCUUCAUCUCCCAAACCAAACAACAGCUACAUGUUCAAACGGGAGCCCCCAGAGGGAUGUGAGCGAGUGAAGGUCUUUGAGGAAAUGGCGUCCCGUCAGCCUAUCUCGGCCCCUCUCUUUUCAUGUCCUGACAAAAACAAGGUUAAUUUCAUCCCAACCGGAUCAGCUUUCUGUCCUGUAAAACUUCUAGGCCCUCUCCUACCUGCCUCUGACCUGAUGCUCAAGAAUUCUCCUAACUCUGGCCAGAGCUCAGCUCUGGCAACUCUGACCGUUGAGCAGCUCUCAUCUCGGGUUUCCUUUACAUCUCUUUCUGAUGACACCAGCACAGCAGGCUCCACAGAAGCCUCUGUCCAACAGCCAUCCCAGCAGCAGCAGCUCGUGCAGGAAUUGCAGGGUGAGGAACACAUCUCUGCUCAGAACUUUAUAAUCAUCUAA